AUGAAGAUACCUCGUCCGAGCUAUCUAUCUCCCCUCGUGAUAAGCAGAGACGAGUCGCAUUUACUCAGCUUCUUCAACGAAUCCAAAUCGUUAAUCCUAGGACCUACUGACGAGGAGAUUUUGGCACAAUUUAUCUUGACAAUUGCCUGCUCAUGCCCAUCCGAUACAACUAACCCAGUCCUACAAGGUAUAUUUGCUUUGGCAUCACUGCAGCUUCACGGCAGCUUGAAGAGCUUCCGGUACAAGCAUCUUGUCAUAUCGUCGGUCAAGGAGUCAAUCAAUUGGUCCGACGAGAAGACGCUUCUUCAGAAUCUGAUGGCAACGAUGCUUCUAUAUCAUUACGAGGUACUCUCGCUUGAACCCGACUCGAAAGGGAAUUGGGUGACAUAUCUCUGUGCGGUGAAAAAGGCUAUCCACACAUUACCAGUAAUUCAGAAACUGGCCCGCCAAGAAUACUCAGUUUUCCUUGAUUGGGUUUAUUAUCACGAAGUCCUCGCAGAGUUUACAAUCAGGCAUUGGAAGGUACCCUACGAAGGCUGCGGCUCUCCUCCUAUAGCAAGAUCAUCCCGAGCAAUUGAGGGAAGCAGCUCCAAGGUAGGAGACGGCAUCGGAUGUCCAAUUGAGGUGCUCCAGCUCGUUGCGCAUACAUGUAGACGGGCUCUCGUCGCGAAACACUCCGAGAUGAAUCGGGCGAAUACUGGCAUCGAGCUCAUGACGGUGCUGGAACAGAACGUUUCCAAGGUAGUAGGAGAUUAUGGUCCAAUUCACGUCCCAUCUACGACGCCGAUGGAUCGCAAUGCUAUGGUCGCCGAUCUUCAUCGACUCGCGUGCUUGAUAUAUGUCAAUCGGGCGGUCCAUUGUGUCUCGGGAACAGAAUUCCGUCACAGGCGACUCGUGAAAGAGGGCAUAUCACUGUUGAACAAGAUGGUAACGUGUCAGAAUGCGUGGCCAUUGUUCAUUAUCGCGUGCGAAGCAGUCGGGGAUGAUCAGCGCCUUGCUAUCCUGGACGUCUUUGAACAAAGUCGGCGAGAUCGAAGACGAAGAUCAAGUCACAUUCAUCUCAUUCAGCAUAUGGUCGAGGCUGUAUGGAACCAACAUGAUCUCAAUGAGGAGAACCAAGUCGACUAUCUAACAAUUCUCAAUGCGGUUGUUGCUGGCGUUCCAUUUAUACCACCAUUUGCCUGA